UUCACAAUGUUGUUUUUUCAAACUCGCCAUUAUUAAAUCUUCUCAGCAUGAAAUAUUUACUUUCAUAAAAUGUACAGCAAUAAAUGGAAUGAUUCCAUAUGAGUUUCUGUUCGCGCUGUUUUUCACGGAACCACGAAUAGAUGUUGUUGUUGCAUGUGAUGCGUGAGCGAAAUAGAUAACCUAACGCAGGAAACGAGAACGACCUAAUAGCAAAAAAACGGAAAAAAUACAAUUAUCGUCAGCGACCAGCAUGACACAGAUCUUGUCGCAGAGAUUUUUAAUACUUUGUGUUGUUAUGAAGUGCUGAUGAGGGUUUCGACGGGACUUACCAAACAAACGUUGUGGUCAAACAUAACGGCAGCUGCUUGUAUGUCCCUCCCGGUAUCUUCAAGAGCACAUGCAAGAUAGACAUUACGUGGUUCCCAUUCGAUGACCAACAUUGUGACAUGAAGUUUGGUAGCUGGACCUAUGACGGCAACCAGCUUGAUCUCGUCUUGAACUCGGAGGAAGGUGGGGAUCUAUCAGACUUCAUAACGAACGGAGAAUGGUAUCUGAUAGGAAUGCCUGGAAAGAAGAAUACCAUCGUCUACCAGUGCUGUCCAGAACCUUACGUUGACGUGACCUUCACCAUCCAGAUCAGGAGGCGGACUCUAUACUAUUUCUUCAACCUCAUCGUACCCUGUGUCCUGAUUUCAUCUAUGGCUCUGUUGGGAUUCACCUUGCCUCCGGAUUCGGGAGAAAAGCUGACACUAGGCGUGACCAUCUUACUCUCGUUGACUGUGUUCCUGAACCUCGUGGCAGAAACCCUGCCCCAAGUAUCUGAUGCCAUUCCCUUGUUAGGAACCUACUUCAACUGCAUCAUGUUUAUGGUUGCGUCUUCGGUGGUACUGACUGUAGUAGUACUAAAUUAUCACCAUCGUACAGCAGAUAUUCAUGAAAUGCCUCAAUGGAUCAAAUCCGUGUUCCUGCAAUGGCUGCCGUGGAUCCUCGGCAUGAGCCGGCCCGGCAAGAAGAUCACCCGGAAGACCAUCCUGAUGAACAGCCGGAUGAAGGAGCUGGAACUGAAGGAGCGCUCGUCGAAAAGCCUGUUGGCCAACGUCCUCGACAUCGACGACGACUUCAGGAACGUCUCGGGCGCCACGAGCGGCGGCAACAACUCCACCAUCACCACCAGCCUCGGCGCAGGCUUCAUCAGACACCCCACGACGAUAGAAGACGCGGCGGCGGGGUCCGGCGGGCAGCGCGACCUGCAGCACAUCCUGCGCGAGCUGCAGUUCAUCACCAACAGGAUGAAGAAGGCCGAUGAGGAGGCGGAGGUGAUCAGCGACUGGAAGUUCGCGGCGAUGGUGGUCGACAGGUUCUGCCUGAUCAUCUUCACGAUGUUCACGAUCAUAGCGACGGUGGCGGUGCUGCUGUCGGCGCCGCAUAUUAUUGUGCAAUAGGACCGAUGAGGCGGGUAGCGAUCUGCGAAGGCGUAGAUAGGCCUCUGUUGUGUGUAUUUCGUUUUAUUUUCGAAUUCGGACUUUUUUCUCUGAACUCAGACUUUAUGUACCUAUACGAUAAAUUGUCCCACGGUGAACCGCCGUACACAUUGAACCAUUUU